AUGCGGAUCGCCGGUAAUUUGGUUCAGCUAUGCCUGCUACCUGAUGGUGGCGGCCGACAUCCGAAACCCAAGACGGAGACAGGAGGUCCUUGCUCCGGAGGCCGCCAUCCUGGCCAGUGGUUCUACUUCCGUGCCAGCGAGUUGACAAAGGGAGAGCUUUACCAGUUCCAGCUCGAUGUUUCUGGUGCGAGAGCAUGGAGAAGCUACAAGGGCUACGAGGUCUGCGCAUCCUACACAGGUGAUCACUGGUGUCGAUGCCUUGGAACCCUCUACGAUUCCGGCUCCCGAAUCCUUCUGUGGAAUGUGACAGCAGAGGCAUCGAGCUGCUUCUUUGCCUACUUCGAGCCUUAUGGACUCGGCCAGCUUGAGUCACUUCUGAAGGAAGCAUCGGACGCAGGGGCAGAGAGGAGGACGAUGGGUCGCACCACCGAUGGCAGAAGCAUUGAUGCGCUGUGCUUUCCACCCGGGCUUCUUCAGACUGGCCGGGAAGCUGCAGGUGAACCGACUGUCCUGUGGAUUACCUGUCGUCAACAUGCAGCUGAGACUCAGGCAAGCUUCUUCGCCGAGGGCGUGGUUCAGUCGGUGCUGUGUGAGCCUCUCCCAUUGAGCUUGGCCAUAGUUCUGGUGCCGAACAUGAAUCCGGACGGCAGCGCUCGAGGUCACACUCGUGAGAACGCACAAGGCGUGGACCUGAACCGAGAGUGGCGCCCUAAAGCAGACUACUGCCAGAACGGACGCAGUCCAGAGGUCAACGCCGUUCAGGCUGCGAUGUUGGACACAGGCGUGGAUGUACACUUGGAUGUUCACGGUGACGAGGCAGCAGACACUGCCUACAGCUAUCCCGGGCUCCCGCGCUUUCGUGCCCCAGAACAUGUGGCACAGCUCUUCGACGAGUUGGAAGAGGAGCUGCAUUCUCGAAGUGGUGGUUUCUACAUGCCACGGCCUGGCUCGGGCAGCGCGCGGACGGCGGCGUUUUGGACGGGCACCCAGUUUGGUGCUCUAAGCCUCACACUGGAGAUGCCCUACAAGGACUCGGAGCCAAGGAAGGCUUGUUCCAAGAGCUGCAGAAGGCUGGGAUCCAUCGCAGUGGAUGGCAUAAGGUCUCUGGGCCCGAGACUGGGGCGGUUCCGGCGAAGCCGCAAGAGGCCAUGA